AGUUGUUUGCAUAUUCCUGACUGCUGCUCUCGGAAUGCCUGAGGCUUUGAUUCCUGUACAAUUGCUUUGGGUUAACUUAGUUACUGAUGGCCUACCUGCUACAGCUUUAGGAUUUAAUCCUCCCGAUGUCGACAUAAUGACUAAACCACCACGUAAAAGCAGAGAACCACUAAUUUCUGGAUGGCUAUUUCUUCGAUACAUGUUAAUAGGUAUCUAUGUUGGCUGUGCAACAGUUGGAGCAGCAGCCUGGUGGUUCAUGAUCUAUGAGGAGGGUCCUAAAGUAAACUAUUACCAGUUGACGCAUCAUUUACAAUGCCAGUUAGAACCUUCUUUAUUCAAAGGAGUUGAUUGUGGCGUAUUUGCCAGUCCAAAACCAAUGACUAUGGCUUUAUCGGUGUUGGUUUUAAUUGAGAUGUUUAACGCAUUAAACAGCCUUUCUGAGAAUCAGUCACUUCUGGUCAUGCCUCCUUGGCACAAUAUGUGGCUUAUCGCUGCUAUCUGUUUUAGUAUGACGCUACAUUUUGCGAUCUUGUACAUAAACGUGCUAGCGAAUAUAUUCCAAAUAGCUGCACUGAAUAUUACAGAGUGGCUUGCUGUAUUGAAAAUCUCCAUACCCGUACUUUUAUUGGAUGAGACACAAAAAGCUAUUGCUCGUUCUGUUCAAAGAGGCCAUAGUCCACUCCGUCACAUAGCGAUACCGAUAGCGAUAUGGUGCGUAUAUGCUGCUUUUAUUGGCUUCAACCCUUUGUGAUUGUAAAAACGUUUAUUCUCCUUUUUGUACUAACUGCUCUAAAUCAUUCUUCAGUCAGUCGGAUUGUAAACAUUCUCAUGUGAUCUCCACCUCGAUACUUUAAAUCAUGUUUCUCUCAAUUUUUUAUUUGUCGACAGAUUAUCGAUCCAUGCAGACCAUUCUGAACGAUUUCCAUUUCACACUCAUUUAUUGUUUAAUGUUCUUGGAGACUGCUAGAAAAUAAUAUUUCAGGGGUUGUCCUAUUUUUACCCUUUAUUUCUGAUUGUAUUAGUUCUCAUUAUCUUCGAAUUAUUGUUUAUUUAUUCAUGUCAUAUUCAUGUAUAAAAACAUUCCUACAUGUUUCUCGUCUUACAUAUCUUAGUUAUCCGUUCCAUGUUGAAAGUAUGGAUUAGGUAGUUGUAUUACAUUUUCCUUUCUCGUUAAGGUAUUGAACGUAAAUCGACUUUGGAGUAUCACUCAGUAGACUGUACGGUGGUUAUGUGACAAUGUUCCUUGUAAGGAGUACUUUAUUAGUUUAUAUUACUGGUCUGUAUGAAAACCUAGCUUUUUUGAUAAUAAGAACUUCACAUUAGAUGUAUAAUUCAGGAUUGCUUUUUAUAUCUAUUGGAUGUUUCCGUAGCUGGUUUGAUCUCAAAGUCUUUCCUGUAGAAUAACAUGUUUCAGCUGCCCCGAUCAGCAAAUUAGUAUUCGAAAAUUAAUUCAUUUUUUGACAAGGCUUCUCUCGUGAUUUUACUAACAAAUAUUCAUUAAAUGUUUAUUAUAUCUAAUACAUAGACAAAUAAUAUCAUUGUGUAUUUCUUUAGAGUGGAC